UGCCCUGUUGUAACAAAAGCAAGUAAAUUGAUUCGGGGGAAGGGCGAUGAUCAACACACUUGGAAACUGUAGGAAUCACAAUUUAAUUGUAAAGAUCGCCAAUGGGGCUGUUUUAAAGCUAAACAGUCUACUAGUGCAGUCACGAAUUUAAGCGUAUUAUUAGUAAAGGAAGCCUACAGUUAGCCUGGUCCUUGUAGUAAGACAGUCAGAUCUACAGGCACUGCCGGUAGCUGUCCAGACUCUGGGUGCUGAAUCAGAUGUUGCAACUGUAACCAGGGCGGAGGCCACCUCUGAACAUCACCGACGGACAGCAACGGCCAUCUUUGUAAAUAUUAAAUACAUAAUAUAUUUCCUGUGUUGCUAGAUUUGCAUAGUGCAUCACUCUGAAGUGGGUAAGGGGUUCACAAAAAGCUACAGGAACCAGUAAUGCUGCUGAAGUGGGCAGUACUGGGGAAGCUGUCAAGAAUUGACUUGUCAUGCCGGGAGGUCUGAGAUUUCUUCUUGUUUUCUUACCGAUUAAAGUUGUCAGUCUUUUCUGGUAAACAGAGUGAUUUAGGCUCGAAAUAUGCGCACAAAAACUGUAGCUUUACAAGGAAACGAGCCGCAGUUACCAAUGGCGUCCGUGGAGAGUGUGACACAGCAAGAUAAAAGCUUUGAUGAUGAUGAGGUGGAGAAGCUCAGGGAAGAGAACGAGUAUCUCAGGAAUGAAAUCGAUGAGUUGAGAACCGAAAUGGAUGAAAUGAGAGACAGUUUCUUUGAGGAAGACGCUUGUCAGUUGCAAGACAUGCGCCGGGAGUUGGAGAGAGCCAACAAGAACUGCCGAAUCUUACAGUACCGCCUUCGCAAGGCCGAGAGAAAGAGGAUGCGAUACGCCCAAACCGGUGAGAUUGACGGGGAGCUGCUCAGAAGUCUAGAACAAGACCUCAAGGUUGCAAAAGAUGUGUCCGUACGUCUUCACCAUGAACUAGAAAAUGUUGAAGAAAAACGUACCAAAACAGAGGAGGAGAAUGAAAAAUUACGGCAACAGCUAAUAGAAGUGGAGAUAGCAAAACAAGCUCUUCAGAGUGAGCUGGAAAAAACGAAAGAGUCAUCUUUGAAGAGAAGAGGAAGUAAAGAUGUGCAGAAGUCAGAAAAAAGAUCACAGCAGACACAAGAGGAGGACAGUGAAGACCUCAAGUGCCAGCUGCAAUUCAUAAAGGAGGAAGCUGCUUUAAUGAGGAAAAAAAUGGCCAAAAUAGACAAAGAAAAAGACAGAUUAGAACAUGAGUUACAAAAAUACAGAUCGUUUUAUGGUGAUCUGGACAGCCCAUUACCCAAGGGAGAGGCAGGAGGCCCGCCAUCAACGCGUGAGGCAGAACUAAAGCUUCGCUUGCGUCUUGUUGAAGAGGAGGCUAACAUACUUGGAAGGAAGAUUGUGGAACUUGAAGUAGAAAAUAGGGGACUGAAGGCCGAACUUGAUGAUCUAAGAGGGGAGGAGUAUUCUGAAACAUCAAACUCUUUAUUUAGGGAGCAAAAUGAGUCAGUUUCUGAAUUAAGACAACACUUACAAUUAGUAGAAGAUGAAGCUGAGUUAUUGAGGAGAAACUUAUCUGAUCUAGAAGAUAAAAAUAAGCAUCUUACUGCUGAAAUGAACAAGUACAAAUAUAAAACCGGAAGCCAUGAAAGCCUGAGGCAUAAUGAUGCUGCUAAGACUGAAGCCCUGCAAGAGGAACUGAAGGCUGCACGGAUGCAAAUCAAUGAACUCAGUGGUAAGGUCAUGCAGCUGCAGUAUGAGAACAGGGUCCUGAUGUCCAAUAUGCAACGAUAUGAUCUUGCUUCCCACCUGGGAAUUCGUAGUAGUCCCAGGGAUAGUGAUGCUGAAAGUGAUGCAGGGAAGAAGGAAAGUGACGAUGAUGCUCGACCUCCACACAGAAAAAGGGAAGGGCCAAUUGGUGGAGAGAGUGAUCCAGAGGAAGUCCGUAAUAUCAGGUGUUUGACUCCAACACGCUCGUUUUACCCUGUGGCUUCUGGCUGGCAAAAGAGUGUCACUGAUCGACAGCAAAUGAAAGAUAUCCGCUCUGAAGCAGAACGGCUUAGCAAGACAAUAGAUCGUUUGAUUUCAGACACAAGUACCAUCAUAACUGAAGCCAGAAUUUAUGUGGCCAAUGGAGAUCUGUUUGGAAGAAUGGAUGAGGAAGAUGAAGGUAGCAGGAUACGAGAACACGAGCUUCUCUACAGGAUCAAUGCACAAAUGAAAGCAUUUAGAAAGGAACUUCAGACCUUUAUUGACAGACUAGAAGUUCCAAAAUCAGAUGAAAGACACAACGAAGAACCCCUUUCGGUUAGUCAGAUGUUUCAGCCUAUCAUUUUACUUAUUCUCAUUCUCGUGUUAUUUUCAUCCCUUUCCUACACCACCAUAUUUAAACUUGUCUUUCUUUUCACACUGUUCUUUGUACUCUGAACCAUUUCAUUUGCUCCUCAGUUUAGUGUUGUUUUCAGUUUCAUUUUGUUUGUUUUAACCACUCACCAAGGUUACAAGAUGUACAGAAUUUAUCGUAGUUUGCAUAUUAUCCACUAUCUGACAUUAUGCUGACAAAUGCUGAAGACUGCUGCAUGUGACCACAUAGACGGAGCCUACAUGUUAUAGAAGCUCUGACUUGAACCCAGAUAAAUCCAGCACUAAAGAAAGAAUAAGUUGCCACUUCCUGUCAUUCUUAUUGUUGUCAUAUUCUUCUUUACAACAAAGGUUACAUCUGCUCACUAUAUUUUCAUUUUUUUGAAAUAAAUACCAUUAGAACUCAGGAAUUUGGAGUACCUGAAUUAAGUAAAACAGAAUUUGGUAUUUUGGAUCUGAUCAUAUACCCAGCGGAUGUUCGUUUUUUCUCACAUUUACUACUGUGUUUUUCCAUAUUUUGUGUUUGAGAAACUAUUUUAAAUCUGCUUGUUUUUAAGAUAUAAUAAUUAUUUGGAAUCACCAUAAUUGCUGGAAAAAGCACUUGAAACUAAAGCUAUGCUAUAUUUCCCCAAAUUUAAAUUCAUAACAUGUGAAUGUUGUCAUUUUAAUAAGUGUAAAACCAUUAUAUUGAUUAUAAUGCAAUGUUCAUUGUACAGAUUUAUUCUUACGUAUUUAAUGUUGUUAGUCUUCUCUACUUGAUGCCCAAGAGUGUACUGUAUGAUAACUACUGAACUAAAUGCUGCAGUUAAUCAGUUUAGAUUAAUAUUCUAUCUGUAAGUUUUGCUACAAUAUUGUUUAUGAUUGUGUAUGGGCAUUUAAUCAUUUCAAGCAGACCAUGCAUAAAGGAUUUCAUGUAGAACAAGUAAACAACUAAUUUAAUGUUGGGUGAGAAAACAUGAGAAAAAAGAAAUUAGCAAACAUGUAAAUAAUGGAUGAAUAUGUGAAUUAACUAAUAAAUAAGCUCUGUAAGUGA